AUGACACGCACCGAUGUUCUCAUCGUGGGAGCAGGUCCAACGGGCCUCGUUCUAGCUCUGUGGUUAACUCGCCAAGGAAUCAGCGUGCGCAUUAUCGUCAAGUCAGAAGCAAAGGCAUCAACGUCACGAGCGAUGGCAAUUCACGCCCGCACGCUCGAAUUAUAUCGCCAGCUCGACCUCGCCGAGGAUGUGGUCGCAAACGGCCAUAAGAUCGCAGCGACCAAUAUAUGGGCCGGUGGAGUGCACCGCUCCCAUGUGCCGUUUGGUGAUUUUGGCGCCGGUCUGACGCCCUACCCCUUCAUACAUAUCUUCCCCCAAGAUCAGCAUGAACGAUUGUUAGAGGCGCGGUUGAAUACAAUGGGGGUGCAUGUUGAGCGGAAUCGCGAGUUAGCCGAGUUCCAAGAGCAGGAGUCAUCCAUCACAGCGCGACUGAGGAAUACCACAAAACCACAUAUCGAGAACAGUGAUAUCGAGACUUGCGAAGCAGCUUUCAUCGUGGGUUGCGACGGCGCUCAUUCUGCUGUCCGCCAGAACUGCAGAAUCGGGUUCGAAGGAGCUACAUACUCAAAGUUGUUCUAUGUAGCCGAUAUUGAAGGCAGCGGACCCAGUCUUAACGGUCAAGCGCACUUGAGUCUCAACGAUAAUCAAUUUUUCUUGCUCAUGGCGUACGACAAAGACCGUCGUGCACGACUAAACGGUGCCGUCGACGAAGGCGCACUGACGAAAGAUAUUUCCGACCUCACACUCGACGACGUUGCGCCGGACGCCGGCAAGGCCGUGGGCGUCAAGAUCGACAAGGUGAACUGGUUCAGCACCUACCACGUUCACCACAGGGUAGCUGAAGCCUUUCGCAGCGGACGGGCCUUCCUUGUGGGGGACGCGGCGCACAUUCACAGUCCGGUCGGAGGACAGGGAAUGAACACCGGUAUCGGCGAUGCCAUUAACCUGGCCUGGAAGCUUACCGCAGUUAUUCAAGACAAAGCCGACAUGUCUCUCCUGGAUAGCUACGAAGUCGAACGUCGUGCGUUCGCGGCACUUCUGGUCAACACAACCGAUACUGCAUUUAACGCUAUUGCCUCAGAGGGGUACCUGUCCUAUUUUAUCCGGACAUGGUUCAUUCCUUACGUGUCUCCUAUUCUGUCCAAGAUUGGUCUCGUGCGACAAAGGAUGUUCCGUGGUGUAUCCCAGAUUAUGCUCAAUUAUAGGGAUAGUGCGCUGUCGGCUGGCUUGGCCGGUACGGUCCAAGGAGGCGACCGUAUCCCUUGGGCUCCCGUGGGCGAACUUGAUAAUUUUCAAAGCUUUGGGGAGAUCACAUGGCAGGUCCACGUGUAUGGCGAAGCUAAAGACGAGUUGAAAGAGUGGUGUCGUUCUAAGGGAAUUCCUCUACACAUCUUUACUUGGAAUGAGAAAUAUCAAUCGGUCGGCUUGGGAAAAGAUGCAGCAUACUUGCUCCGGCCGGAUACAUAUGUUGCAGUGGCGGAGCCCUCUGGCCGACCAGAACGAUACGAUCAAUAUUUCAAAGACAACAAGAUCCGACUGUGA